CCAGACGAGUUUGGAGGUCAGGUUGAAACAGGUUAGUCAUUUUGUUUGUUUGACCUCAGGUUUCUGCAGAUUCUGUUUUGUUCUGUUUUUCUGGUUAGGCGCCUGUCUGAACCGUCUUGGUUGUCUGAUUAGGCUAUUUCGAUUGACGGGCAUGUCAGAUAGUCGAAAAGCCGGGAAGCUGGAGGACGCUCCAGGUUCCAUUUGUUGGGAGGUUGGAUCAGAGACGGUCCUCCUCCCGUCUGAGUCUGAUUUUCGUAGGGACCGGCUGGGGAGCCGUUCCGUUAGGGCACUGUGGUAUCACCCACAAGGGCGUCCUUGUCUGAUUUCUUGUUUGGUUCUUUUUGUCUCUGUUCUUGUUGCCUCUCUGACUUUUCUGACGGACGAUUUCAUUAUGGGACAGACGGUGGCUACACCCUUAUCUCUCACCCUUGACCACUUCUCAGAAGUGAAAUAUAGGGCACAUAAUCUCUCAGUGGAAGUUAGAAAAGCAAAGUGGCAAGCCUUUUGCUCCUCGGAAUGGCCUGCUUUUCAGGUUGGAUGGCCACCGGAGGGCACCUUUCACCUUGGCACGAUUCUUGCUGUUAAGACUAAGACUCUCCAAGCGGAGGGGGGCCAUCCUGAUCAGGUACCUUAUGUCCUAACCUGGGAGGAUAUUGUUCGCCAUCCACCCCCCUGGGUGCGCCCCUUUGUUCUCCCCACAGAGACUCCAUCGACAACUGUUUGUGCUGUUAAGGAAGAGGAGAAAAAGAAAGUGCUCACUUCUCCAGAAGCAGACCUCCUCCUUUUUGACCUUCUGCCCCCUUAUCCGCCAGCCAUGGCCCCUACCCCUGCCAGUUCCCUGGCCGGUUCUCCUGCCAGACCUCCGACCGUUUCCCCUGUCAGUUUCCCGGAGGCUGUCAGUUCUCCCUCGGGGCCUAAGGCGGGGCUAGCAUGCAACUUUCCUAGUCCCCUCUCACGUCCCUCAGCAGGAGCUGUCGGUCCCGCAGUGCUGCCACCGCAGACACCAUCAGCGCCGCAGACACCGCCAGAGGUUCUGCUGCACUCACCAGCUGACCCUGCUCAGAAUGAAAGGGGCCCAGCAGCUGGAACGUGAAGCCGCAGAGCAACCCAGCUGGACGCCGUGGCUCUCCCGUUGCGAGCCUAUGGAUUUCCAGAGGGGGAUGGGCAAUACCCCCUUCAGUACUGGCCUUUUUCCACAGCUGAUCUCUACAAUUGGAAGGCUCACAAUCCCCCUUUUUCUGAGAACCCCCAAGCCUUGACUGACUUGUUUGAAUCUGUCCUUUUCUCUCACCCGCCCACUUGGGAUGAUUGCCAACAGCUUUUACAGACACUCCUGACUACUGAGGAGAGGGGACGAGUUUUUUUAGAAGCAAGGAAGAAUGUCCUGGGGGCAGAUGGGAGGCCUACAGUUCUCCCCGACGAGAUUAAUAAUGGGUUUCCUCUCUCUCGUCCUGAUUGGGAUUACAAUACACCAGAGGGUAGGCAGCACUUGAAGGUUUACCGCCAGACUCUAAUGGCGGGUCUCCGUGGGGCUGCUCGAAGACCCACCAAUUUGACUAAGGUAAGAGAAGUGGUCCAGGGGCCGGAGGAAUCUCCUGCAACCUACUUAGAAUGGCUGAUGGAUGCAUUCCACCGGUUUACUCCCUAUGACCCUGCUUCAGAUGAGCACAGGGCAACAGUAGCUGUAUCUUUCAUAGAUCAGUCAGCUAGGGAUAUUCGUAGAAAACUUCAGAAAUUAGAAGGUCUGCAGGAUAAGUCGUUGAAGGAUUUAGUGCAAGUAGCAGAAAAAGUCUUCUAUAGUCGAGAAACAGAAGAAGAAAAAGAAGAAAGGAAACAGAAAGAACAGGAGAUAAGAGAGAGAGAGAGAGACAAGAGGCAGGAUAAAAAAUUGACUAAGAUUCUGGCCACCAUAGCAGGAAAGUCUGAAAGGGAGAGAGUUCCUGGCAAACGUAAGGGCCCUUUGUCUAAGGACCAGUGUGCCUACUGCAAGGAGACGGGACACUGGAGGAGGGAUUGCCCCAAAAGGAAGAAGAAGCAGCUGAAUUCUCGAGCCACAGGGACCAGGGUCCUGACCUUAAACAAUGACAGCAAUUAGGGAGGACGGGGUUCGGUUCCCCUCCCCGAACCCAGGGUAACCCUCAAGGUGGAGGGGAAGCCAGUCCAUUUUCUAGUGGAUACUGGCGCUCAGCAUUCAGUUCUGUUGCAAGACUCAGGGGCUAAGAAAGAAAAAAAAUCAUGGGUUCAAGGGGCCACUGGAUGUAAGCAAUAUACAUGGACUACCCGAAGAACAGUGGACCUUGGAGUGGGCCGGGUAUCCCACUCAUUCUUAGUCAUGCCUGACUGCCCAUUGCUGGGAUGGGAUAUCCUGACCAAAAUAGGAGCCCACAUCUAUUUUAACCCAGAAGGCCCACAGGUUACAGAUAAAAGAGGGGAUCCUAUUCACGUGCUUACAAUUCACUUGGAAGAUGAAUACCGGCUAUUUGAAAAUUUAAAAGAAGGGGAAAAAGACAUUGACUGGUGGGUAAAAAAAUACCCUGAGGCCUGGGCUGAAACAGCUGGCUUAGGGAAAGCAAGAAAGCAACCGCCAGUCCAGAUAGAGCUAAAACCUCAGGCAGCCCCAGUUGCAGUGCGGCAGUAUCCAAUGUCUAAGGAAGCCCAUGAUGGGAUUCGCCCUCAUAUACAGCGACUCCUUGACCUAGGGGUUUUGAAAAGGUGUCAAUCUGCUUGGAAUACUCCAUUACUGCCGGUCCGGAAGCCUGGGAGCAACGAUUAUCGGCCUGUGCAAGACCUGAGGGAAGUUAACAAACAGGUUAUGGACUUACAUCCAACAGUCCCCAACCCGUAUAACCUGCUGAGCUCCCUUCUCCCUGACAGAGCCUGGUAUACUGUUCUAGACCUUAAAGAUGCAUUCUUUUGUCUUCAACUUAGCCCUGCCAGCCAAGACAUUUUCGCUUUUGAAUGGAAAGAUCCUGACUCCGGGGUCUCGGGCCAACUAACAUGGACUCGACUUCCCCAAGGAUUUAAGAAUUCUCCUACCAUAUUUGAUGAAGCCCUGCACCGAGACCUGGCACACUUCCAGGCCACAAAUACUCAGGUAACUCUUCUCCAGUACGUAGAUGACAUCUUACUAGCUGCAGAUUGUCAGAAAACCUGUCUCAAAGCCACUGGCCAACUGUUACAAGAAUUGGGCGAACUCGGCUAUAGAGCAUCAGCAAAGAAGGCCCAGAUAUGCCGGAAACAGGUCAGUUACCUGGGGUAUAUACUGAAGGAAGGAAAAAGAUGGUUAUCGGAGGCUAGAAAAGAGACUGUGUUUCAUAUUCCCCCUCCACAAACUACAAAACAACUGAGGGAAUUUCUUGGUACAGCGGGGUUUUGCCGAUUAUGGAUUCCUGGGUUCGCUGAAAUGGCAGCCCCUCUGUAUGCCCUUACAAAGGGCAAUGACUCUUUUUCCUGGGGAAAAGAUGAACAGGCUGCAUUUAAUAAUAUUAAACAGGCUUUAAUAUCGGCUCCAGCCUUGGGACUUCCUGAUGUCACUAAACCUUUUCAUCUCUAUGUGGCCGAGAACCAGGGAAUGGCUAAAGGGGUGUUAACUCAAAAGAUUGGACCCUGGAAGAGACCGGUAGCUUAUCUAUCUAAAAAGCUUGAUCCAGUAGCAGCAGGAUGGCCGACCUGCCUUCGGAUAAUAGCAGCAGUCGCUGCAUUGGUAAAGGAUGCUGACAAGCUGACCUUGGGACAAGAUCUUACUGUUUAUGCCCCUCAUGCCCUUGAGAGUGUUGUCAGACAGCCACCUGAUCGCUGGCUCACGAAUGCGCACAUGACUCAUUAUCAAACUUUGCUUUUGAAUAAUGACAGGAUUACUUUUGCCCCAGCAACGGGGCUAAACCCUGCCACCCUGUUACCAGAUCCAGAGAUUCAGCCCCCAGAGCAUGAUUGCUUGCAGGUGUUGGCGGAAGAACAGGGAUGGCGAAAGGACUUAAAGGACCAGCCUCUGCCAGAUGCUGAGGUGACAUAUUACACAGAUGGGAGUAGCUUUUUGGAAAAUGGAAAAAGAAAAGCAGGAGCAGCGGUGGUGGAUGGACACAAGGUAAUAUGGGCCCAAGCACUGCCUGAAGGCACCUCUGCUCAACGAGCAGAACUAAUUGCCUUAACUCAAGCAUUAACUUUGGGGAAAGACAAAAAGAUAAACAUCUACACUGACAGCAGGUAUGCCUUUGCUACGGCCCAUGUGCACGGGGCCAUCUACCAGCAGAGAGGCCUAUUGACGUCAGCCGGUAAAGAAAUUAAAAAUAAAAAUGAAAUCUUGGCCUUGCUCAAUACCUUACUACUGCCCACCAAGGUAAGCAUAAUUCACUGCCUGGGACAUCAGAAGGGAAAUUCCAAGGCAGCAAAGGGAAAUAACAUGGCUGAUCAGGAGGCUAAAGCAGCUGCUAGAGGAAGUCCUGCUCCAAUGAUAUUAACUACUGAAUUGCCAGAGAAGGAACAGCUAAAAUACUCGGAGGAUGACCUGGAGCAAAUACAGAGAAAACAAGGGACAUUUGAUGCUAAUGUGGGAGCAUGGAUUGACUCCAAAGGUAAGGUCAUUUUGCCACAGGAAGAUGCUAAGAGACUAAUAGCACAAAUGCAUCAAUGGACUCAUUUAGGGACAAGAAAAUUGACUGAAAUUGUUCUCCAAUCUCCUUACUGAAUACUAAACCUCACUGCUCUAACCAAAAAAGUGACUCAGACAUGUAUCCCUUGCCAAAAGGUAAACAUAGGGAAGAAUUUCCAAAGCUCGGGAAAACGGUUAAGGGGAACUAGACCUGGAAUGCAUUGGGAAGUGGACUUUACCGAGAUCAAGCCGGCCAGGUAUGGAAAUAAAUAUCUUCUAGUCUUUGUAGAUACCUUCUCAGGAUGGGUGGAAGCUUUUCCCACCAAGAAAGAGACUGCUCUGGUUGUAGCCAAGAAGAUUUUAGAAGACAUUUUUCCCCAGUUUGGAGUUCCAAAGGUAAUCGGGUCAGACAAUGGGCCGGCCUUCGUUGCUCAGGUAAGUCAGGAGGUGGCCAGAUUUUUGGGGACUAAUUGGAAAUUACAUUGUGCAUAUAGACCCCAAAGUUCAGGACAGGUAGAAAGAAUGAAUAGAACUCUAAAAGAGACCCUUACUAAAUUGACCAUGGAAACUGGCGGUGACUGGGUGGUACUCCUCCCUCUGGCUCUUUUUAGGGUCAGGAAUACUCCUUCUUUGUUGAAUCUCACGCCUUUUGAACUAUUGUAUGGAGUUCCUGCUCCCUUGACUCUCCUGGGAGACCCUCUUGACAUAACUAGUGGUAACUCUGACUUGUUGUCCAGGUUAAAGGGACUGCAGCUUAUUCAAAAAGAAAUCUGGAACAAGGUUGGCAGUGCAUAUGCGCCAGGAUCCUUAGAGGUGCCACAUCAGUUCCAAGUUGGAGACUUGGUUUAUGUUCGGCGACACCGUAGUCAAAAUUUGGAACCCCGGUGGAAAGGUCCUUAUUGCAUCCUGCUCACCACCCCAACGGCUGUGAAGGUAGAAGGCAUUGCUGCUUGGAUCCACGCAUCACACGUCAAACCCGCUCCAGAGGACUCCACUUCUGACUGGAAAAUCCAGCCCAGUGACAAUCCCUUAAAACUUAAACUUGUUAAGAAUGUUAGCCGUGGGUGAUAUCCACAAACUGCUGGUGCUUUUGGCUCUGUUAAGCACUUACAAUACUUGCUUGGGCUCCAGUCCUCACCAGCCCAAACUUUUGACUUGGGAAGUAACUAAUCAGAGACAUAUUAUAAUUUGGUCUGUUUCAAAGAUAGCCCCACCCUUCACAUGGUGGCCGGACUUGUACCCUGGCCUUUGUAAAAUGGCUCUAGGAGCACCUGCUAACUGGGAUUUGCAAAGCCACCUAGACUCCAACGUGGUUCCUGGGGACCAUAGACAUGGGUCUUUUAGUGAGAGAAGGGGCUUAGAUCCCUGGGGGGGGCUGCGGGACCACCAACCACCGCAGUAUGCUGCGAGUUCUAACCUUUUAUGUAUGUCCAGGACCUCACCAGCAACCUAAAAUGGUAAACAAAUGUGGGGGGAGAAAUGACUUCUACUGCAAGAAUUGGGGGUGUGAAACCACUGGCGAUACUUACUGGAAGCCUACCUCCAGUUGGGAUUACAUUGUUGUUAAAGCUAAUUACAGUCAUGCCCAGCCCCCAGACUGGGGACCAAACAAUAGGUGGACUAAUCAGCCAAUAUGUACCACCUGGUGCCACCCCCUGCUAAUCCGGUUCACAGACGCUGGAAAACAGAUUUCAACUAACUGGGUGACGGGGUUCACUUGGGGCCUACGAAUAUAUAAGGAAAGAUAUGAUGAUGGGUUACUUUUCACCAUCAAAUUAAAAAUAACAGCCCCAUCUGCUGAAGUAGGGCCAAAUAAAGCUGGCCCUCACCUGGUUCCCCCAGUGAAAGUGGACCCCCAGACUAUAGCCCCACGUCCAACAACCCCCUCACUGACUCCUAACUCAAAAAUGGGUAAAGAUUCUUCUUCCCCUAAGCCUCCUGGACCAUACAUUACUUCCCUAGCACAGGGGGCCUUUCAGGCCCUAAAUAAUACCAACCCCAAGGUUACUGAGUCUUGUUGGUUAUGCUUUGGAAUUGCUUCCCCAUAUUAUGAAGGAAUUGCCUUUACAGAUGAGAUAAGUACCUCCCAAGAGGCAACAGCCUCCCUAGCAAAGGGAGGCUAGACUUUUCCUGUCUGCCGUUUCAGGGCAAGGACUCUGUGUAGGUAAAGUUCCCCCCAGUCAUCAGUUUUUAUGCAACCAAACCUAUGAUGUUGCAGGUCUGUCUGGGUACCUCAUACCACCAAUCGAUGGAUGGUGGGCCUGUGCAACAGGGAUCACUACUUGUGUCAGUACUCAGGUGCUUGUCAGUUCAUCUGACUACUGUGUCCUGGUCCAGGUAAUCCCCCGAGUCACCUAUCACCCGUAUGAAGAGCCCUUCCAAUACUGGGACUCUGUGGGGGAACCGCUGAUAUGAACAAAAAGAGACCUGGGAAUUUCCUUAGCCAUAAUGCUUGGGGUCGGGCUAGGAGCAGUAGGGACAGCAGCUGGAGGGUCGGCUAUAGCCCUCUGACAUAGCGGGUUGAAUGAGCUUAGGGCAGCUGUUGAUGAGGACAUAGAAAGAUUAGAAAGCACAAUUAGAGAGCUCAAAGAUUCCUUACAGUCAUUAUCAGAGAUGGUGUUACAAAACAGAAGGGGCUUAGAUUUAUUGUUUUUGCAACAAGGAGGUUUAUGCGCCGCCCUAAAAGAAGAAUGCUGUUUCUAUGUCGACCAUACUGGACUUGUCACUGAGACCCUAGAUAAGGUCAAAGAGGGCUUAGAAAAGAGAAAGCGAGAACGAGCCCAAAGCCUAGGAUGGUUUGAAGGAUGUUUUAAUUCCUCUCCAUGGAUGACCACUUUAAUCUCCACCUUGCUAGGCCCUUUGCUAACUCUUCUCCUGAUUGUAACUCUUGGCCCCUGCAUUCUUAAUAAGCUAGUCAAUUUUGUGAGAGAACAGAUCAGUACUGUUCAGGUCCUUAUGCUUCGACAGCAGUAUCAGCAAUUAGAGAUGCAGGCUGAAUCUAGCCUGUAAUUUUUUUUUUCAAUGCAGUUUAUUCAGGAACAUUGAACAAUCCUCGGACCCCGGGGAAAGCCAGCCCCCAGCUUAAAUAGCCUCUGGGUAGCCAGCCCAGGCGUGCCACGGGGGCAAUGCAGAUAGGUCCACAUACAUGGAAGCAAGCCAGAUCCUCAGCCUUAGCCAAAUGUGGAGUUGUUCGUGACAGAGAGCACUCACCAUCGGGAAGGUGGAAGGCAGAAACCAGCUCCAUCUUUAAGGCAUAGCAUUCCGCAGCUCUCUACAGUUCCCCCUUUUUGUUUUAGACGCAUCAGGCAAGAGUAGAGGUCUGAUCUCUGAUAUUAGAAAUAAAUUGGGACUUUGUACAGAUGUUCAUUUAGGUGUCAUCCACCCAAAGAGCAUCCGACCCGUCUGAUACCUUUUUCUCAGAGGCAGGACCUGGGGCAUCAACCCGCAUGCAAUCAGACAUGCUCUUCUCUGGGUCCAAAGCGGCUGACCCUGAGUGCAGUGCUUAGCCUCGCAUCCUGAGCGUAUCAUUUUAGCUUUUUAUGGUAUCCAACCAUGCUUGGGGAGAAUGUCCUGCUUCAAUGGCUGUAAAGGCCUGAAUGAUCAUGGCUGCAUCACACUGUUGUGAGACUCUAAUCUUGCAUAUAUACCACAGGCAAACCAAGGAGACCAACACCAGAAGGCCUGCUAACACUCCCAUGCCCGCCCAUUCCUUCAGAUGAUUCAUCUAGCCUGUAAUUUUAGGGUUAAAAUUAUGCCAAAGAAAAAGGGGGGAAUGAGAAAUGGGACCAUCCCAAAUUAGAAAGAAAAACAACUGGACCUUGAAUAAGGGCCAGCUAAAAAGAAAGAACAAGUCAGGCAAUUUAGGGGAGGACUGUCCUUGAAGCUGUAAGCGGCCUGCUACAGAACCGAGAGAUGGGAGAAGAGGGGAGGACUGUCCUUGGAGCUAUGAGUUCCCCGCCACAGCUGCCAACCGCAUAACUGCUAUCUUUUCUGCUGAAAGGGUUAGGCUAACUUUGUAACCUAUAUGUCUUCUAAAGCCUAUAGUUUUGAGUUUUAGGUCCAGGUUAAGCUAAAGCCUCUUAGUACCUUUCCAGAGAGUGAAGAAAUGUGACCCUAUCCGUGAGGACAGAUAUAAAAAAAAGGGCAAGCAAGCAAUGACCUUCACUCAGCAAAAGAAUGACCAGACCCUUGUCCUUGAGAUAGCGUUUCUUAGCAACAAACCUAGACUUCUUCUGAUUAGCUUUUGACCUCCAGCCAAGAGUCCGCAGCCCCUAAUCUUCAAGGAUGAGCUAACCACCCCCACCUUAAAUUGCAGCUGCAUCCACACUUGGCAGGACUGGCCAAGCUUGAGCAUCUAAGCCUAACCAAUUAUCUUACUUUAUAGCUUCCUCAUCCAAUCCUAAAUUGCCAAAACUUAAACUUCAAAUUUCCCGCAAUUUUUCUUUUAAAAGCCUAAAGGCCUUUGUCUCCCGGUCCCACUCUUUGCUGACCAGCGGGGGUGACCCCAUUGUACAAUGGUAAAUAAACCUCUUGCUUUUGCAACGAGUCUUGGUCUGGGGGAGUUUCUGGGAAGGGCGCGAUUGAACUCCUGAGCUGUGAGACCCCAGGUCUUACACUGCUAACUAAUCAAUGUAAAGACCUGAAAUAAAAACUCUGUGCUUUGUAUGCUCGGGGUCAUCUCCUGCUUUGAAGGGACGACCCCCAUCGCGAUCGGAAUAAACUGCCUCUUGCU